AUGGAUACAGAAAAAGAACCAAUUAGAAGAAAACGUAGAGACCUAACAUCUCGUGCAUUACCAAAGUAUCAUCUUAGAAAUUGGAGGCAAACAUUCUAUAGAACUGUUGACUCAAAAAUUCUCAAAAUUAAAGAUGAAAAGUCUCCGAAAAUGAAAAAGAGACUCUGUAGAUAUUUUAAUUAUUGGAUGGACGAUAGGAGGGAUGCAUUCAUGAAUUUUAGAAAUCAAUACCGUUUAUUGGGAAGUAUUAAUAAUCUUUGGGCAGAAAAUCAGGAAUGUGUAGUUAAUAAAUUAAAAUCAUCAAUCAGUGAUUCAUGUAAAAGAAAAGAGAAUAAAGAUAAGAAAGUUAUAAGAGAUAAAAAAAAAGUUAUCGAAGAUUUUUGUGAGGAUAAAGAGGAACAUUUACAAGAAUUAAAUGAAAAUAUAACAGAAGAGAAAUGUACAAAUUACAAUAAUUGGUUAGAUGAGAAAAAAAAAUUUUUUGUAAAUAAAAAUUGGAUUAAUGAACAAGAAAUGACAUUUGAUGAAAAUUUAGAAAUUUCUGAAAAUUGUACACUUAAUGAUAUGAAUACAUUUGUCACUAGUUUAGACUGUAUUAGAAUUAAUAAGAAAGAAAACGAUUCUUGUGAUUCUAAAAUAUCAGAAAACUGUAAUCAAUCCCAACUUUUAACUCCUGAUAGUUCAUUUGCUAAUGCAUCUGAUCAUUCUUCAAGCGAAACUAUUACAAUAAAACCAAAUGCUACUACUAAUUUAUCUACCACUACAAUAAACUCCACAACUAAAAUUAUAACUCAAAAUACAGCAAAUCCUUCAAAUGAAUCUACUACUCCAACACCAGGAUCUACACAAAAGUUAACAUCAACUAUUGCGUCUAUACAUUCAGAUCCAAAUUCACCUAUACCUUUACCUCUAAAAGCAAGUGUAUCUGAAAUCCCACAAACAGAUGUGUCUCCUACUACUCCAACAACAAGUUCUACACCAAAGGUAGCAUCAACUAAUAUGUCUACACAUUCAGAUGAAGAUUCACCUAUAGCUUUACCUGUAAAGGCAAUGAAUCCUACAGAAAAACCAGUUACAAAUGAUAUUAUUUUAACAUCUGGAAAUAAUGUCGAAUUGCCAACUGUUAGCGAUUCAAGUGAAUCUUCAAUCUCUCAUACAUUUAGAUCUACAAAUGCAGAUAUAUCUGGAAAUUCACAAAUAGAAUUGUCUCCAACUACUCCAACAUCUGCACUUAACAUCACUUUACCAUCCAAUGCUAUUCCGAUAAAUAUACCUACAAAUAUUCAAGCACCUAUAACUAAUUCCACAUCAUCAUCUUCUAACACCACUUUAAAUAUACCGCCAAUUUCUCCUACAUCUGCAAAAGUAAAUGAAACUCAACUAGAAACUAUCUUUGAAACUACUGCAUCAUCUGGAAAUACAUCCACACCUACAUCUACUAUCAUGACUGCGAAUAUAUCUACAAAUUUAUCUAUAACUUCGCACGCAAAUACAAAUUCAUCUACAGAUUUAUUUACACUUACACCUACAAAUUCAAGUAUAUCUACAACUCAAUCAACUAUACCUAGUACUAUUCUAACAUCUGAAACUAAACUACAAACAAAAAAUAUGUCUUCUCAUGUAGACAAAUCCACAAAUACAACUGGAUUUACGUUAGCUGUAUCUACAAAUACAACUAAGACUAUUUCAAGUACUAUGGUAUACAAUUCCCCUUUAAUUACUAAUAAAUCUACAUUUAAUUCAUCUGUGAAUACUUCUCUUACAAAUACAAGUUAUUAUGUAAAUGGAAACCACUCUAAUGAUAAUAUACAAAAUAUUGCAUCUAAUAACACUCUAACUGUUACUCCACUACCUGUCCAAAAUGCUACUGCAAAUGUAACAUCUAAUAACAUUCUAACUACUACUCCGAUACCUACCCAAAAUACUACUACAAAUGUAACAACUGAUAAUCCUAACACUCCCAUAUGUACAUCAAAUAUCCCUGUGUUGAUUGCCCUUUCAUUGGGUGCAUCACUUUUAUUAAUUAUUUUCCUUUUCGCUAUUCUUUAUAAGCAUAGACGUACUAGAUUUUUACCUGGUAAAGGAUCAAAGAAAAAGAAAAAAUAUACAAAAAGGAAAAAUUAUAAAGAAAGUUCAAUAAGUUAUAUAAAGACGCCUUUAGAUAUUCCAUAUGAAUUACUAGAAAGUAAUAUUCAACUGAAUAAUGUAUGUAACAAAACAAAUAAUUCAUUAUGUAAAGUUGUAUUUGAAAAUGAAAUAGAUAAUACACUUAAAGAAAAAUCAGAAGAAAAUGCAAUAAAUAUAAAAACAAAAAGUGAUAUUGCGAUAAUAAGAGAAAAAUUAAAGUGGAAGAUUAUGACAGAAAUAUAUACGAUAGUAAUAGACGAAUGUAAAAAGGAGGAAUGGAAAAAGGACAGGAAAGUAUUUUUUGAUAUAUGUUUGGAAGAAUUAAAAAAUGAAGGUAUGUAUUUAGAUAUAACAUUAGAAAAUGAGAAAAAGGAUAAUGUUACUAUUAUGUUAGAAAAAAAAAAACUUCUGUGGAAACAGUAUAAAAAAGAACAUGGAAAGAUAUUAGAAAAAUGGAAAAAGGAAAAAUGGUUUGAAAAUUUGAAGAGAGAAUGGAAAGAAGAGGAAGUUAACUAUUCGGAAAUAAUAAAACAAGAAAGGAUAAUAAAAAGUAGAGAAAAUGAUUUAAAUAAUCCUUCUAUGAAAAAACAAAAAAUAAUAUGGAGGAAUUGGGUAAAAAAGCAUAUAACGUGGUUGCAUGAUUCUGAUGACCAAAAAUGGUUUAAUGAAUUAUUAGAAAUAUACAAAAUAGAAGAAGAAAUAAAAGAAAAUAUAGAAGGAGAAGAUAGUGAAGAAGGAUAUAUUAAAAUAGAAAGAGAAGAGAAAUCAGAUAAAGAUUCAAAGAAAAACAAUUUAAAAUUGAAAUUAUGGAUUGAUGUACAUAUGAUGAUAUUAAAGGAAUGUAAAAGAGAGGAGAGAAUGAUUAUAAAAAAUGAAUUUCUUAAAACAUGCAUAGAAGAAUUGAAAACAACGAUAAAUCCAGAAGAAAUAUUGGAAACACAAAAAGAAAUAACAGGAAAUAUUAUAUUAGAAAAUAAAAAAGAAGUAUUAGAAAAAUUAAAAAGAGAAAAUUGGUUUAUUGAAUUGAAAAUAGAUUGGAAUAGCAAAGAAAAAAAAUAUAUGGAAGAGUUAAUUAAAAAAAACUUACCACAAAAUAAUGAAGAAAGAAUUAAAAAUUUUAUGAUAAACGAGCAAAAAAUUAUAUGGAAGAAAUAUUGGGAAGAAAUUAAUAAGAAAUGGAUAGAAAAUGAAAGCAUGGAAAAAUGGCUUAUAAAUUUGAUAGAAGAAAAUGUAAAUGAUAAUAAAAACAAAGUGAAAAUAAAAGAAAUAAAAGAUGAACUUGAAGAAUAUAAAGAAAAAACAAAUACGAGUAAAGAAGGACGAAAAGAAGAAGAAAAAAAAAUGAAAGACGAAGAGAUACAAAUAAAAAAUAAGAAAAAUUUUUUUACAUUAAAAAAAAAGCCAAAGUGGAAAACUAUGAUAGAAAUACAAAUGAUUAUAAUGGAAGAUUGUAAACAAAAGGAGUGGGAAUUGAACAGAGAAAAAUUUUUGAAAAUUUGUUUAGAUGAAUGGAAAGGUGACGAAAGAUUAUAUGGAAAUAUAGUAGCAAAAAAAAGUAGAAUGAAUACAGAAGAAAGUAUUAUUAUUGCAUUAGAAAGACAAAAAACGUUUUCUAGGAAAUUGAUAGAAAGACAUAAGAAGAUGAUAGAAAAAUGGAGAAAGGAAGAAUGGUUUAAUAGUUUAAUGGAGGAAUGGAUAAAAGAAGUAAAUAUACAUGUAGAAACAUUAGAUGAAAAAAAAUCCAUCGAAGGAACAAAUAACAUAGAGAAUAAUAUUACAUUAGAGAAGAAAAAUGAAAUAUGGAGUCAAUGGAUAAAGAAACAAAGAAGAUUAUUUACACAAUAUGAGAAGGAAUCAUUGUUUAAUAGGCUGUUAGACGAGUAUAAUGAGGAAGAAGAUAUGUAUGAAAGAGAAGAUGAACAAACAAAAGAAAAAAAAAAUAAUAUAGAUAACAUGGAAAGGGAUCCAAAAACAGAUAAUAUAAAAGAUGAGGUUAGUGAAGAGAUAGAGAAGAUAAACUUGAUAUCUGAAUUGUGGAUAGAAAUACAUAUGUUGAUAUUGGAUCAGUGCAAGAAAGAAGAAAUAGAAUAUAUGAAAAAAGAAUUUCUCAAAACAUAUAUAGAAGGAAAAAAUUGCUACAAAGAGUUAGAUGAACAUGAAAUAACAAAAAAAGAAAUAAAUGAAGAAGAAAAAGAAGGAAUUAUAAAUGAUAUGAUAGAGAGAAAGAAAGAACAAUGGGAAUCCUGGAAACGAGAGGAAUGGUUUCAAGAAAUGAAGUUAAAUUGGCAUAAAACAGGACAUACAAAUGAUAUAGAAGAAUCAGAUAUAUUAGAUGAUACAAAAGUGGGAAUUACAAACUUUAUAUUUGAAAGACAAGUGUUUGACAGACAAUGGCUAGAAAAACAGAGAAAUUUUUUAAAAAAAUGGAAUAAACAAAAAUUAAAAAAAUCCAUGAAAAAUCAAUAUAAAGAUGAACAAAUAGAAGAAGAAAAUGAAGAAAAUGUUCUAAAUGAUAAAUGGGAUAUUACCAUAUUAUAA